AUGCAAUCUGGGGCCAACGCUCUCGAGCGGCCUGCUGGAAUUCCGCAGCAAGGCCUUCAAGUGGGUGGUGCUCUGGAGGAGCGACAUCUCUCGACUGGAGCCAAGAGCCAUCAAAGGUGCUAUCUCAAGUCAAAAUCCUAUGCCGGGUCACUCCCAAUACCUAUUCCAGGUCUCACGGCCGACUCAGAGGUGAUACUCGCCGAGAACAACAUCGCAACAUUGGAUGAAGCCAUUUUCCGCCCCAUGCUGGAGGUGAUGUCCCUGGGAGAGGGCUACCUGGAUCUCAAGUGAACCUUGUAUGUUCGAAUGAUUGGGAUAGAUGACUCGGCCACAUCUUGGACAAAUGCAACCGCAGUAGUGGCGAUGUGUAGGGUAUUGAAUAUAUGGGCUGCCCACUGCGAUGCAGUUCCCACUCCGCCACUCAAAGCCAACUUGGGCUCAACGUGGCGUGCUGCCAGGGGGUUUGAGGCGAGGCCAUUCAGGGUCAAUCAGUCGGAUGACUAUGAGGCAAAGGUGGUACAUGAACUGGNGAAACUCGAGGAACCAGCUAAGUUGACGGAAGGAGUUCAGCUGGUCUGCCUGCCCACCCACCUAUCGCAGCGCAAUGUAGAUCACGGAAGGAAAGGAUGGUUGGCAGGUUGGGGUCUCGACGGCUCAAAUUCCCCAUCUCGUGUCUUGAGAGACCUUGAACUUCAAGCGCAAUUUGCACCCACUUCUUCGCGUUAUACCGAGGAUGUCACGAGACAAUCCCCUGACCUCGUUGACACCCUCUUUUGUGCUGGACAGCUCACAGAGAAUCAUACAGUCGAAGAGAUGGCCGGGUUCCAGUUCAAGUAUAUCGUCGCGGCAGCCUUAGCAUUCGGAGUCUGCUGGGGAAUCCGGAGGCGAACCGGUUUCAGAUGGGUCAGAAACGAGGCCCUGGGAUCGAACGGACAAGUGCGACUGUAUUGGACGCCGAGGUUUCGCAGGGGAGACAUCGAGUUCUUGUUCGUUGCUCCGAGCACGGGAUGGGUCGGAGUGGGUUUCUCCCCCAACGGCGAGAUGUAUGGGGCCGACAUGGUCCUGGGAGGAGUCAGCAACGGGACGGCCUAUUUCGCCGACGCGCCUGUGGAGAUCAUCUGGGCAUACGGAGAUAAGGACCCAGGGAUCCAGGAGCAACCUCACUAUCACUUUCGCAACCGGGGGGGACGCCGCCUGUCCAUCCUCGACGAUUUCCCCAUAGCCCUUCUGGAAGAUGCAGUGGAGGAUCCAUCGAAUGAUGGAACGGAGAGCAGCGAAUGAGACCCCAGCAUUUUCACCUCCCCGAUAUCCAACUGCCGAACGGCUCUUCUCGUCGCUUCCGAUGUGGAAGUUCACAUCGUCGCUUAUUCACCGCACCACAAUGUGAAAAAUAUGUUUAUCCUUCGUCUCCAGUCUUCGCCGAAUUCUUACUGACCCUCGCUGAUCGUUCGAUUCGGCAGCAUUCAAUUCCAUUA